AUGAGCCAUGUCGUUGCAUCUGGCGAGAUUCAGCAAGGGCCCCUCCGGAUCUUGUCGAUCGACGAUCUCCGUCGCGCUUUCAGUCUUGCACCCGAUAUCAAACCCAAGAAGCUUGCCCAUGAUUCUAUGCGAACCCUGAUCCGACACAUGAUCUUGCUCGGCCACGCCGUCACGCCCACGGAGAUCUACACCCUGGUCCAAGUUCUGACAUACCAGCUCCUUGACACAGAGGCUGUCUUGUCUGAAUUCGAGCUUCUCCGCCGCCUGGGCUUGCCGAUUGGGCUCGAUGCGUAUCUGAUUGUCCUUCGGCGGCAAGUGCAGCAAUCCAACCCGGCGCUCGUGCGCCCGAUCUAUCAAGAGCUCCGUCGCCGAGAGCUUCUCAAGACAAGCCGGGACUAUACAAAGUGCCUAUCGAUCCACCGAGUUGCUGCCGACGGCGGGGGGCUCAUGGUCCUGCUGGAAACUCUCAGGUGUGAGAAGCAGGAUCUUGAUGCGUCGAUCUACGAGGGUGCCAUCGUGGCGUUCGUGCGAUGCAGGAACCUUCCUCAGGCUCUCGAGCUGCACCGCGAAAUGAGGCAGCGCGAGAUCAAGCCGACCAAGAAGACACUCACCUCGCUCACGCACGGAUGCCUGCGCGCCAACUUCACAUCGCAAGCCGAGUUCUUCAUUCGGGAGUACGCGCAGGAGUGGGAGCUGGACUCGGUCAUGGCGUCGGUCUUGCUGAAAACCCACCUCGACUCGGACGACAACGUGUGCCGACUUGCCGACAUGAUUCUGUCGUGCCCGCAGGUCAAGCUGGAUCUCUUCUUUUAUACCCUGAUGAUACAACGAUGCCUCUAUAUCGGCAAGCUGUCGCUGGCCAAGGACCUGUUCGUCGACCUCGACCGUCGGGGCAUUGUGGCGGACGCCAUGGUGUACGAGCUGCUCAUCUGCGCAUACAAGCGGGCACGCACCUCGGAUGUGGUCCAGGCACUGGAGGACCUUGCCAAGAGGCGCGGCGUCGUCAUCGAUCGCAAGGCUGCGUCUGUGCAUCUCAAGCGCACGACAAGACGGCGACGGGACACGGAGAGCGCUGCCGAGUUCUACGAGAGCCUGAGGCUCAACCAGACCCGCGCACACAGCAAUCCAAGAUCGGCCACCGACCUCUCGUCGUCGUCGAAGCCCGAGUCCCAGCCGACGGUUCUGAAAGUCAACCCCGCCCCCACCAGCUCGCCAGUGUCUGCGCGUGACCGCCUGACAAGCCCACGGAACUCUGUUCCUGAAAACCCUCUGAUGCGGAAAAGCACUUCCACAACGGUCGACCCAGAGGGGGCUGAAGCUCUGAUGCUUGAGAGCCUUGUCUGUGGUCUCGAUGGCAGCACGCGGGAUCCGCUGAUGGGCCAGGUGUUUGUGGCCAAGAGCAGCGGCGGGACACUAUGA